CAUUGGUCAGCGUUGCGUUCCACUUCCUGUUAGCUUAGUGAAGAUAGCGGACGAGCGGUCGAACGAAGAAAAAACUGAUGUGUUAGUGUAAAAUUGCUGCUUUGCUGCUCGGGAACGCGCUAAUUUGGAGUUUUCUAGGACUAUAUUCAGGAGACAAAAAUGAUCCGCUUCAUCCUCAUCCAGAACCGAGCAGGGAAGACACGGUUGGCCAAAUGGUACAUGCAGUUCGAUGAUGAUGAGAAACAGAAGCUGAUAGAGGAAGUGCAUGCUGUGGUCACUGUCAGGGAUGCUAAGCACACCAACUUCGUUGAGUUCAGGAACUUCAAGAUCAUUUACCGGCGGUACGCUGGUCUCUACUUCUGCAUCUGUGUGGACGUGACGGAUAACAACCUGGCAUACCUCGAAGCCAUCCACAACUUUGUAGAGGUGCUGAAUGAAUAUUUUCACAAUGUGUGUGAACUGGACCUUGUGUUCAACUUUUACAAGGUGUACACUGUGGUGGACGAAAUGUUCUUGGCAGGAGAGAUCAGGGAAACCAGUCAGACCAAGGUCCUGAAGCAGCUCCUCAUGCUCCAGUCUCUAGAGUAAAAGGUUUCUCCCUCUUGCCCACCGAUCUGCAGCCCUGGCAUUCAAUCCUAACUUCUUCUGUUUCUAUUCGUCCGAAAAGCAACCACGCCCCUGCUCCCACAGAGCCAUCUCUUAACCGAAACCCAAGCAGGAGCCAUUUAGAAAAUAUACUUAAUAUUGUUUACAUAUUGUUAUUGAAGGUAAACUAGACUGUUUGCCAUAGACGUAUAUAUAUUGCAAUAUUCUGCACCUGGAACAGCUGUUAUGGUUUGUAAGCGAACAGAGUAUCCUUCCACUUGUUAAUGUUUCAAAUCCUAACCAAGUGGGAGUCUUCUUUGUGUUCUGUUUGCUUCCUCUCAUUCAGUGGGUGCAGAAAACAUAUGUAGUAACCAGAAAAUCAAUACAUUCAUGUUAUCGCACUGUGGAGACUAGUAUGAAAAGCUUCACCCCUCUUCUGUUGCUCAUUAACCUAAACAUUUAUCUAAUGGCACUACUUUAGCUAACAAGCACCAGAAAUGUGGACCACAGAUGAUGAUGGUUGUGUAAUGAAAACUUGCUGUAGCCUUGCAGUCAAAAUGAAACGGCCGUGAGAGUGUUACAGUGCUCCUCAAGGCUCAUUAGCAUUUAUAUCCAACUCUCAUUUCAAGUAGAAAGCGCUUAGAGCAAUUAACCCAGCACAGCCAGUUUAUCACUGAACAGUUAUGCUAACCUAGGCUGUCAGGCAUCAUUCUAAGAUGAUAUGAUGGCUUAUCAGUGACCGAUUUUCAUUUAAAUACUAGGUGCUUGUUGGUCCCUCUUAAAACACUUCAAUGAAGAUGAAACUUGGACAUGCAGUGUAUUUUACAUAAGGCAGUUAUGUGAUGUUAGCUUGGUAUGGUCUGUGUGUUAAUACAGUGCAUUUUGUGUGAAUUAUUGUGAAAUUUAAUCAUAAAAAAAGUUGUUCUGACGUUAUGGAUCCAUACAUUCCUUUGGCACUGCAUAAAGCUGAAAUACAUUUUAAACUCCCUUGUGAAGUUGGAUAAAACAAUCUGCUUUUAUACAUGUGUCUUUGCUGGACUUAAAUAUAUGAAAUUGAAAAUGUCAUAUUCUAAUUUUAACCAUAUCUAGUUGCAAACCUGGUCUCAUUUUAUUAUUGAUUAAACAACAGUGAACAAUG